GGAAACGCGUAUUUGACCGCGCAUUCGUCGGCAGUGUUGUGGUCGUUUGUUUCUCCUCUGUUUGGCUUGUGCGGUACGUAAAGUCCAGUCGUACAUGCUGCUCUUUUCUGCUUAAGUGAUUGGUGAAGAAAUGACAUCAAAUCCCAGUGGGCAAGGUUUUCAGAACAAAAACCGGGUAGCUAUUCUAGCUGAACUGGACAAAGAGAAAAGGCGCCUCAUGCAGAAUCAGUGCUUGAACAACCCUGGAGCCAGUAUUCCUUUGUCAAGACCAGCUUUGAAUAAGGAUUUCCGGGACCACGCAGAGCAGCAGCACAUUGCAGCACAGCAGAAAGCAGCUCUACAGCAUGCUCAUGCACACUCUUCUGGGUUCUUCAUUACUCAAGAUUCUUCUUUUGGAAACCUAAUACUUCCAGUUUUGCCAAGACUGGAGCCAGAGUAAAAGGACAGCAUCCUAAAAUAAAAUAGUGACAGUCUUGUUUUUUUAAUAU